AUGACAGGUCAACUAGAACAAGCUGGUGCUCCGCCAUCCACAGUCACCGAUGCCGUUCUCGUCCCCUCAAACGAUAUGCCAGAGGGCUCUCAGAAAGUCGAAGAGCUUGAUUUUAAUAAGUUUGCCGGCCGUCCGAUCACCGUAGAUGAUCUUAUGAGUGGUAUGAACCACAUGGGAUUCCAAGCGAGUUCGAUAGGAGAGGCUGUUCGGAUUAUCAACAACAUGCGCACCUGGUCCGACCCCCUCGAUCCCUCCGCAAAAACCACCAUAUUCCUCGGCUAUACCAGCAACCUAAUCUCCUCCGGCCUCCGCGGAACCCUCCGCUACCUCACGCAACACGCUCACAUUUCCGCCAUCGUGACCACCGCCGGCGGGAUCGAAGAAGAUCUCAUAAAGUGUCUAGGCGAUACCUACAUGGGCUCCUUCUCGACCUCGGGUGCCUCGCUGCGCGCCAAGGGUCUAAACAGAAUCGGUAACCUCAUCGUCCCCAACAAUAACUACUGCCUGUUCGAAGACUGGGUCGUGCCCAUCCUCGACGCCAUGCUCGCCGAGCAGGAAGCCUCCAAAGGCCCCGGCAAGAAGCCCGAGGACGAGCUGAGCUGGACCCCGAGUAAGAUCAUCCGUAGGCUGGGCAAAGAGAUCAACGACGAGAGGAGCGUGUACUACUGGGCGUAUAAGAAUGACAUCCCGGUCUUCUGCCCCGCGCUCACCGACGGCAGUUUGGGCGAUAUGCUGUACUUCCACACCUUCAAGGCCUCUCCCUUACAGCUGAAGGUUGAUAUCGUAGAGGAUAUCCGCAAGAUCAACACCAUUGCUGUGAGAGCGAAGCGGGCAGGCAUGAUUAUUCUCGGUGGGGGAAUUGUGAAGCAUCAUAUUGCCAAUGCGUGCUUGAUGCGCAAUGGGGCCGAGAGCGCCGUGUAUAUCAACACGGCGCAGGAAUUCGAUGGCAGUGAUGCUGGCGCUAGGCCGGACGAAGCAGUCAGCUGGGGGAAGAUCAAGGUGGGGGCUGAUGCUGUCAAGGUGUAUGUGGAGGCUACGGCCUGCUUCCCUCUGAUCGUUGCGGCGACCUUCGCCAAGGAUGCAAGCAAACCUAAAGAAACAGACGAGACAACUGCAAGUGCAUUAGUAGGAGAAGAAACAACAACGGAACAGGUCAGAAAAGAAACCUUGCAAUAA